CAGCGCAACAAAACUGCAUUUGGUGGGAAUUACUAGCGUUGGAUUCCUCCGCCUUCCGUCGCCAAUGGAGUAAUCACAAUUUCGUAAUUCAGCAAAAAAUUCCCAAAAAUAAAAAUAAAAAAAGGAAAAUAAAAUUUCACGCGAAGAAACGAUCGGCGAUGGGUUCUGAAUCGGAGGAGCGUCGUAGCGCCGAAGAAGGGGUGAUUUUGGGGGUGGACGGCGGCACCACUUCCACCGUGUGCGUUUGUUUGCCGCUUCUGCCCUUCUCCGACCACCGCCAAUUGCCCGAUCCUAUCCCCGUUCUCGGCCGCGCCGCCGCCGGUUGCUCUAACCACAACAGCGUCGGAGAAACUGCGGCCAGAGAAACACUUGAACAAGUUAUAAAUGAAGCUCUUUCUAGAGCUGGCAAGAAUCUUUCAGCAGUUCUUGCUAUAUGCUUAGGAGUUUCUGGUGUGAAUCAUCCAUCAGAUCAGGAAAGGGUCUUGAAUUGGAUUAGGAAUAUAUUUCCAUGCAAUGUAAAGAUAUAUGUGCAGAAUGAUGCUGUAGUAGCUCUUGCAAGUGGGACAAUGGGGAGACUUCAUGGGUGUGUUUUGAUUGCGGGCACUGGAUGUAUUGCUUAUGGGUUUACUGAAGAUGGAAAAGAAGCCCGCUCUGCUGGUGCAGGGCCAGUUUUAGGUGACUGGGGCAGUGGUUACGGAAUUGCUUCUCGGGCAUUGACAGCAGUGAUGAAGGCUCAUGAUGGGCGUGGUCCAGCAACGAUGCUAACAAACUUUAUUCUGCAGUCACUUGAUCUUUCUUCUCCAGAUGAAAUCAUAGGGUGGACCUAUGCAGAUUCUUCUUGGGCCAGAAUUGCAGCGCUAGUCCCUGUUGUGGUAUCUUGUGCUGAAGCUGGUGAUCAGAUUGCAGAUGAGAUCUUGAGCAAUGCAGUCCAAGAACUGGCUUUGAGCGUGACAGCUGUUGUCCAACGACUACAUUUGGCUGGAGAAGAUGAAAAGGGUACUUUCCCCGUUGUCAUGGUUGGUGGGGUUCUUGAAGCCAACAAGAGAUGGGAUAUCGGAAAUGAAGUUAUUAACUUGAUUUUGAAGGCUUAUCCAGGGGCUUGCCCUAUAAGACCAAAGGUCGAACCUGCCAUUGGAGCUGCAUUGUUCGCAUGGAGCACGAUUAUGAAAGAAACGGAAGGAAAUGGCCAUAGAUGACACUGCGCGUACAACAUGCAUCAAACGGAAACAACUCACACAGUCGAUCGUCAACAGAAACAGGGUUAUUCUGAACCAUCUGCUGAUUAAUUUGAUCCGUUUGCCGAUACUUUUUUAACUAAAUCACUCUCUAAAUGUGUGGUAGAGCUAAUCAUAUGUUAACAUGAACCUUAGAUUUACAGAGUACAUGAUAUCAAUCGUGAGGAAUGCAUUUUUUUCUAGUUUUGUGAA